AAUAGGCUAAACUGAUUAAAAUUUAAUCUAGUGUUUGGUGGUUGUCUAAGUUAGGUUAAUUGGAUGCCUGACCGCCGCCAUUAAAUCUCCAGUUACCUCAGAGCACAAACUAGAACAAAACAUUUUUUAAACGAGCCAAUAAAGUAAAAAGAAACAGUUAUGGCGAUUCUAUAAUAUAUCCUUAGUUUGAAAGGGAAUUGAUGGUAGGCCUUUACUUGCCUUUUUUCGCGUUUUAGCAUGUUCACUCCGUUACUAUGGAAUCUCGUCAAAACAACAUCUGGCUGCCUGAAGCACAACGUUUCAAACAACUCUUAACAACUUUCGGCCGUGCUUACUAAAUUAGUGUUUUAUUUAUAUGCUUGCUUUUGGCUUUUCAGCACCUCCCAGUGGAUUACAGCAGGAUUGAUUUGGUUCAUAAUGUCUGGUCGGGGGUUUCAUUCACAGCUUCCGCUAACCAAAACGGUUACUGUGUUCAGGAACGGAGAUGCUUUUUACCCCGGCCGAAGAUUUGUCAUCAAUCAACGCCAGUCACACACUUUUGAUAGCUUUCUGAACAAUGUCACUCGAGGCAUUACAGCUCCAUUUGGGGCAGUGCGAAACAUUUACACCCCUAACAAGGGUCACAGGGUGGUGAAUCUGGAGCAGCUGGUGCACGGAGAGAGAUAUGUGGCAGCCGGAGCAGAGAGACUGAAAAAACUCGACUAUCAUCACAUGACACAGAAACCACCAAAAAAGAAAAGUGAACUGAUCCAACCUGUAGUUCACAGCAGAAUAAUUGUCCCAGCCCGAUGGAAGAGAAUCAGUAAUGAGUCGUGCACCAUCAAUGUUUUUACCAAUGGAGAUAUCUUGGUUCCUCCAGCACGGGUGAUGAUUCCAAAACACACGCUUGCUAGCUGGGAAAACGUACUGGCCAUGGUGACCGAGAAAGUUCACCUUCGCACUGGAGCUGUGCACAGAUUGUGCAUGCUGAAUGGGAAGCCUUUACGUGGAGCAUAUGAGCUGCAGAACAACCACUGUUAUGUUGCUGUAGGGGCAGAGAGGUUCCGGUCUUUGCCAUAUCAUCUGGUUCCAAGCAAAGGAGUAAUCCACAGCCUCACUGAUGUGAUCAACAAUGGCAUUCUUCCAGCGCUAAAAAAAGGAAAACAUAACAGAAUUUUGUUCGCAAAACCAGGAGUGGACAUCGGCGGCUCAGUUUUUUAUGCCAAACAGCCCGGGCAGGGCUCGAAAAUCCCAGAUCUCUUCGCUACGCCUGAAAAAAGUGUCUUCAGAGCCACCAACAAAAGGAAGGAGGCAGUAGUAGCAUCUGAAGUCCUGGAAGAUGAAAAUAUGAAGGUGGAUCUUCCCAUAGAACAGAUGGAAGUAAAAGAAGUUGAGGAGGAACAAAACUCCCACAAAGACCCCCGACCAGAAAGUGGUGGUGACAGCCCUUCCAAAAACUUCCCAACCCAUCUCAGCUCAUCCUCUUACAAAACCAAUAAGGAUACCAAGGGGGAGGAGAUGUCCUCAAAGAAGUGUGGAAUACGAUCGCACAUGUCUGCGUUUUUAAAGGAAAAGAAAAAAGUGACCUUGAACUGUGGACCUAAUGGCCUUUAAAUAACAGGACCUACAUGUAUACAAACCUGUAUCCUCAGGAAGAUGGAUGCGUGUGUUCCCAGGGCAGAUGGCCAUGAUGCUUUGCUAUGCAUAUGGCUCACAGAUUACCACUCCAGCAGGGUGUCAGAACUGAUGAGGCAGCACUGGAGCAGAGUGUUGUGCCAUUUGCAUUUGAGCUUUACUGCUUAGCUGCAUGGAUGGCCACGCUGCUUCUCAUGCUUAAUGUCAGAAGAUGAAUCCUGAAUGAAAACAUGUGUCGGAGUGUACCCCUCCACUUUCAAUAUAGUUUUCCUAUAGGAGAGGUCAUUUUAAUGCAUUCUACUAAUUUGAAUAUUCAAAGCUGAAUUUACGAAGUGCUAUUCCAAAGGGGUGAACGUGAUUUCACCAAGUACAAUAUGAUCCUGGAUCAACAUCUUUGUGAUCCUGGAACAAUAUUCCAAACAGCCAAUCAGAUUUGAGGGACAAGCUUACAGUUUAUGUCAAGUUUAGGCUUAAAUCCAGGGUUAGGUGCAUCUACAUCCGUAUUAUUCACCUAUCAUUUCCCUCUGAUUUUAGGGAUGAGUUAUGGGUAAAGUUAGUUUUAGGGGUAGGGAUAGGGUUAGGACUAAAAUUUCGGUCAGAAAUGUUGUUCCAGGAAUCCAGGAACAUGUCUUACUUGGCAAAAUCACGGUCACCAUUACCAACGUUAGCAUAUCAUUUUAAUGGAAUACAUGCAGUGCAGUGCUUAUAUUGAUUUAAAAUGUGAAAAUUCACUGAUUUUUACAGAUUGAGAACUGUACACAGUUUUUUUUUUUUUUUUUUGUGGAAAAUUUCUUGAAUUUUCUGACUUAAUAGAAUUACCUUUGAAAUCCCUUUCAUUUAUUAUUUAGAUAAAGUGGGAUGUUACUGUCAUACUUGAUAUUCUGAUAUUCAUCUAAUCCUGUAAUUGCUCUUAAUUAUUGUGACAUUUUAUUUUUGCUUUGUUUUUUGUUUCAUUUUAUUUUUUGUUUUGUUUCUUCAUAACUUAACAAAAUUGGGUGACACUUUAUUUUACAGUGUCCACAUGUUACAUGUAGUUACUGUAAUUAUAAAUUAUGCAUAAUUACAUGCGACUAACCCUAAACCAAACCCUAAUCCUAACCCUAACCCUAUAGUAAAUACAUGAAGUUAAUUGUUAUUACUCAGUACUUAAAUGUAUAAUAACACUGUAACACGGAUACCUUAAAAUAAAAUGUAACCCAAAAUUGAUCGGUGGAUCAGGGUGUUCAUACAAACAGAAAUGUUUUGAAAGUGCUACAGAGCCAGAUUGUUGACAUAUUUAGCAUAUUUGCAUAUUUAAAGUUCCCCUGUAGUCAAUCAUUUUAUCCCUUAAAACUCAUCUUUGAUCACCAAAAUGACAUAUUUAAAUGUUUUUUCCUUGAAAAAAAAAAAUUCUUCGUGCCUUAAAAUAGCUUGAAUGUAACUCUACACCCUUGCCUCAUUUAGUAUACGCGGUUCUAUGAAUAUGCAAAUUAGCCCCGCCUCCACUCACUCACACCAGCUCGGAGAUCCACUCGUUGACGAUCACACGUUGAUGUGAUUGGUUACAAGGUAGUUUGUGACGUAAGAAACACCAGCGAUUUCAAACCGCAUUUUUGAGACUGUCUUUGGUUUUCAUCACAGGGGGACUUUAACAUCGAAAAAGGACCUGCUUCGCCUUUUGUGCAUUUAGUACAGGUAUACUGAUGUCUCUACAUGCCCAUAUCCUGCCCUUCCUCUGAACUACCUGCCAGAGUGAAAUCUGUUUAGCAUAUAACGAUGACCCAUGCUAUGAAAGAUUAAUGCCAUUUCAUUGCAGUAAUAUAAUGUUUUAUGAAGGCCAUCAUUUUCCUGCCACGCAUACUGCCGUUUCUGAGAUCUGUCAGAUUUAAGCGAAUCGCAGUCUAAUGAAUCUUAUCAGACAGCAGCGAUGUCAAUAAUUGCUCUAUGUAUUUUAUUUAUGCAUAUGUAAAUCUACUCAGGGUAUGUUUUGGUCUGUAAAAUCACAGUCACAGUCGCACUGCAACAUCACCCAAUGCCUUAACCUAAUCUUGACAAGGGGAAGGGCAUUGUCUUUUAUCUGUUCCUAUCACAUUUAAUGAAUGUACUUCCCCAAGGGACGAACACUGUAUCUGAUGUAAGAGAGUACAAUGUUUUGCUCCCAGGUUCACGGGUGUCUGGAAACAUCAAAGUCCUCUACAGCUAUAGAGUUUAAUUUCUGUCUGCGUAAGUGCUCUCGGGUCACUUCAAAGACACGCUAAUAAUGGAAUAAGUGUAAAUCAAAGAGGUAUUUUAGUCACAGCCUUACAAUACAUGGUCACUUGCCAUAUUAUGAAGAGGUGUAUUAUCGUCUGAUGAAAAACCUUCUUUAUUUGCAAUGCAUUAUGGGGUGAAUGAGGGUAUGGGUUAUUUUACCCUAUUUGCAUCAGAUUUUUGGGCUUUAUCUGCCUCUUUAUCAAAAAAAUGAUCAGUGGAUCAGGGUGUUCAUACAAACAGAAAUGUUUUGAAAGUGCUACAGAGCCAGAUUGUUGACAUAUUUAGACAUAUUUAGACUUAUAGUAUGUCUGCAUAUUUACAUUUCCCCUGUAGUCAAUAAUUUUAUCCCUUAAAACUCAUCUUUGAUCACCAAAAUGACAUAUUUAAAUGUUUUUUUCCUUGAAAAAAAGUCUUCAUGCCUUAAAAUAGCUUGAAUGUAACGUGACGUGAUGUUCUUUAAUUGCAAUGCAUUAUGGGGUGAAUGAGGGUAAGGGUUAUUUUACCGUAUUUACAUAUUUUU